AUGGAGGAAACUCGUUCAAGUUCCAUGCCGUUAAGAAAGUAUGUGGUUAAAAUUGGAUUUAAAGAUCUGGAGAAGGAAAUAACGUUACACUUAGAAAGUAUCGACUUGAUGACCAUAUUCGAGGCAUUCGGCAAUGAACGUCGUAAAAAUAACACUGCUAGUGAUGAAAUUAAUAAAGAAGAAAAGUAUUGGACAAAAUUACUUCAUCGAUUAAUUGAAACAAUAUCAUUUUUAGCUACAAGAGAUCUGGCAUUUAGAGGAGACAAUGAAACAAUUGUUUCCAAAUUUAAUGGAAAUUAUAUAGGCUGUCUCGAACUCCUAUUAAAGUUUGAUCCAUUUCUCGCUAAUCACAUUGAUAAACACUUUAAUAAAGGUUGUGGGAAUGUAUCUUAUUUAUUAAGUAGAAUAUGUGAUGAAUUUAUUGAYCUUAUGAACUCAACAGCAGAUGUCACAAAGAUAGACCCAUUAACUGUGGCAGUACGAUACAUUUGCAAAGAUGGUUUACCUGUAGAGAGAUUUAUAGGGUUUUUUCCUUCAGUUGGUCACAAAGCACAAGAAAUGGAAUUAGAACUAUUGAAAAUGUUUGAAAACUUAUACAUUGAUAUGAUAAAUUGCAAAGGUCAGUCAUUUGAUAAUGCUAAUAAUAUGUCGGAUACUUAUAAUGGCUUACAAGCACGGGUUAAGCAAACAUCAAGUACAGCAGAAUGUGUACCAUGCUCAACCCAUUCUUUAAAUUUAGUCGGAACAUUUGCUGCUGAACUAACCAGCAUGGGAAAUACAUUUUUUCAUUUUUUCCGAGAGCUCAAAACCUAUAUGCUUUUUUUCUGCGUCUACCUCAAGGUGGAGUACUUUAUCAAAAGAGUUAGGCAAAAUUCCUAA